AUGAGCACUAUUGUCGGACGGUCCCAAAGUUCGCCUCCUGACGACCACGACUCUCAGAGGCUGCAUACACUGAAACAUAACUCGGUCUGGACGCGACUGGGCUUUCUGGGUGAUAUAUCACAAUCCGACGUCGACAUUUUACUUCUUUCCACUGCAUUCAAGUUUCUCUUGUUCCCAGCAUAUCGCUCGACGGAUUUCGAGGUCCACCGAAACUGGCUGGCCAUAACACAUUCACUUCCUAUCUCUCGAUGGUAUUAUGAUACAACUUCUGAGUGGACGCUGGAUUACCCUCCAUUCUUUGCAUAUUUCGAGAAGUUGAUGUCUAUACCCGCCUCAUUCAUUGAUCCCAAGAUAGUCGAUCUCCAAAAUCUUCAAUAUGAUGCAUGGACAGUCAUCGUAUACCAACGUCUGACCGUCAUUGUUACUGAGCUUGUCCUUGGUGCGGCACUCCUGAGGUUUAUUCAUGGUUCUGUUGAUCCGUCUCGUCAGCGUAUUCUCUCGGCGUCCUUGUUUCUCCACCCAGGGUUUCUUAUAAUUGAUCACAUACACUUCCAAUACAAUGGGUUCAUGUUUGGAAUAUUGCUGUGGUCGAUUUUAAUGGCCCGCGACGGCAGAAAACUUGCAAGCGGCAUACUGUUCGCCGUUCUUUUGAACUUCAAACACAUCUACAUGUAUCUGGCGCCUGCAUACUUCGUUUACCUUUUGCGGUCUUACUGCAUGUCUCCUGCGGGGGCUAUCAUCCCCACUCGGUUUAUCUCGCUAGCGAAUUCUGUCCUGCUUGUGUUCCUAGCCUCACUAGGACCGUUCGUUUUGAUGGGCCAGCUCCCGCAACUCCUGUCUCGCCUGUUUCCUUUUACUCGUGGACUGAAUCACGCUUAUUGGGCACCAAACGCGUGGGCCCUGGUCACCGCCGCAGAUCGUGUCCUUUUGCAGCUGGUCAAACAUCUAGAUGUAGGGCUCGUAGUAAACGAAUCUGGCGUUGCAUCGACGUCCCGCGGCCUUGUAGGUGACACGGUCUUUGCGGUGAUUCCAAAUAUCAAGCCCGUCCACACGUUCAUUAUCACAAUAAUCUUCCAGAUGGUUUAUCUCGUUAAGCUAUGGACAACGCCAACUUACAAGUCGUUCGUGGCUGCGUUGACACUUUGUGGCUACACGUCGUACAUGUUCGGGUGGCAUGUGCACGAGAAGGCUGUUCUGCUCGUAUUAGUCCCUCUCACGCUUUUGGCCUCGGAGAACUAUGCGUACUACAAGACCUUUGCUAUCGCAAGCGUUGCGGGGAUCUUCUCGCUCUUCCCCCUGAUCUUUACGCCAGCAGAGACACUGCUAAAGAUCGCCUAUUCCCUCAUAUGGGGAGCAAUGAUUUUAUACCCCCUCCAUAAGCAGCUUUACGAGUUUCCUUCAUCCUUGCCGUGGGUACUGUUGGAGAGCUUCGAGAAUGCAUACCUAUAUGGUUUUGCACUUCUCCAGGCAUUCGUCACCCUAUUCCCCCUUGUGACUAGUGGAAAUCCAGAUACUGAAUUUCUGCCCCUGAUGGUAACAAGUGUUUACUGCGCGGUGGGACUGAUAUGGGCAUUCAUCCGGCUCAGUACCCUAUAUAUUACACAGCAGUACUAG